AUGAAUCAAAACAAUGAUGCUAAGAUCAAAUGUUCAAAUCCAGAGCAUUUUGAUGAUGUAAAAUUUGCAUGCUUUAAUGAAUCUUGUAAAGCAGAUAGAUUAUAUUUUUUUUAAUGUAUUAAAAAUGGAACCCAUAUUUCUCAUCCUUAAAAUUAAUAAGAGUUACCUUUUUUAUUUGAACAUAUUUAAAGAAUUGAAAAGUAAUGUGAGGAUUUAAUUAAAAAUCUAAAAAAAAUAAUUGAUGCUGCUCAUCAAUAAUUUAAUUUAUUGAUUGAAGGAAUUAGAUCUAAAUAUAAAAAAUCAAAGCAAGAAUUCCUUACUUUAAAUUCUAAAUAAAUGAAUUCUUUCUUUACACAAAGUAUUCAAUUUAACUCAUUUGAAAAAAUAAUUUUAUUAUAAACCUAACAAUCUUUAAAGGAUUUUUAAGAUUCAAUAGAAAAAUCAUUAUCUGAUUUAAAAUUAUACUUCCAUUUAGUUUUAUUAUAAAAUAAUUAUAUCUGA